AUGAGAUAAUUCAUCGUUUAAGAAUAAUAGAAAUCAUAAGAAUAGGUUCUGACUUAAUAAUUUGAAUAAAAUUUAAUAUCACCUAAGACUUUCAAAGAGAAAUAUCAAACUUUAGAAAAGUGGAUUAGUAAGUAACAUGAGUGUAUUGAAAAAAAUAAAAUCAAUUUUGAAAAGGGUUGGCGAGGAUUAUAUGAUACUUUUAUUUAAACUGAAAAGGAACUGAGAUUUUUAAAGUAAUAAAAUAAUCUAUAAUAUUCUCAACAUUCAAACUCUCAGCAAUUUAUUAACUAUUCAAUUUCUGUCUUCUCUGAUUCGGAGUAUAUAAAACCUUUAUAGGAAUUAUCAAAUUAAAAUGAAACUAUUAUAGUAAAUAAUUAAUUUGAAGAAUUUGAGAAUCAUCGUUUAAAGACUCACACAUCUACAUCCUAGACUCCAGAUGAAAAGUUUAAAUUUCAACAAUUAGAUUACAAUCAUGAAACUAUUGAAUGGGAUGAUGAAUAAUGUACCAACAAUCAUUAAACGAAGGUCUGUUAAAUAAACCAUGAAUUAGAGAGUUUUUUACAAAAAGGAUUAGAAUAGGCUGAGAUCGAUUAUCUGCACUAGGAAGUUUAAAUUGAGGAAUCAAAUUGGCUGAACUAUGAUGAGUACAAAUUUUAUUUACUACUGGAUAUCUCUAAUUUGAUUUAUAAUGAUCUAAUUGUGGAAUUUGAAUAGGAAUGUAUAUAAAGAUAAUUUUGA